GGACGAGUGGGCCUCGCGGCGGCGGCGGCAGCAAGGCGAGCGGCCGGGCCUGCGGGCGGCGGGCGGGAGCCCCGGCGGGAGCCGCACCGUUCUGACGCGCUGGGGCUGCAUGUGGGUUCUCUUUGCAGGAGCCGCCACGCCUUGGCCUAGCACGUCGGAAGCGAGUGAGGAGCAGCCCAUGGAGACGACGGGCGCCACGGAGAACGGACAUGAGGCCGCCCCCGAAGGGGAGUCGCCAGCCUCCACCGUCACAGGAGCCGCAGCGGGCGCCGGAGGCGGGAACGCGGCGCCUCCAGCCGGAAACCAGAAUGGCACCGAGGGCGACCAGAUAAACACCAGCAAGAACGAGGAGGAUGCGGGCCUGCUUCUUCAGGCCGCCCUGGCCUCUGAGUGAGGCAGGGGGUGUUCCUAACUCUCUUUUAACUUCAUCAGCGUCACGGACCCCGAUGCUCACCACCACAAGGUAGGAGACCUACACUUUUAUUCCUGUCUAAAUGGUGUUCUUUUUAUCUAAUAAAAAUGUGUCUGUGCACCCGUUAGCCACCUAAAAGACCAUUAUCGUCGGCUACCAGUCUUAAGUCGUGUUGAAAGUUUCCCGGUGUGUGCCAUCCAUGAUUCCCACCUCUGGAUAGAUGGGAAUGUCAGGGAGUGUCUGCACGGAGCUCCUGCUUUCCUCUUGUAAGCUGCGGACUGGGAGGGCAGACCGGACUAGUAGACAGUGGUCCUUGGAUCUCGGCUCUGGCCGAUGGAUCCGAUGGCGCUGAGUGAACCUCCGGCUAGGUUGCUGCCUAUGGGAGAGUCACAGAUGACCCCUGACCUCUUGUCUCACAGGUCAGAUUUCUUACAGUGGGUGACUAGCAGGGUGAUUCCCAGGCAGUGGCAGAAACUGGUGUGUAAGUGUAUAGACCCCCCGCUCCCCAAUAAAUGUCCGUGGCAGCCUCUGAAUUUUAUCUCUGGCUUUGGAAAAAGUUCCCCUGCUCCUCGUUCAAAGCCAUCCUCUUAGGGCUGUGCCACUUUCUCCUGUAUAAUGUAAAUGAAGUCUGUGCAGUAGUCAGGCUGAAACCUGAGUCCAACAUGUAAAUGGUUCUAUGCUAUUGACCUCCCUUCCUUAGAGGCAGCCAUCCUGGGGCUAUGGCAUUUCCCUACCUGUAGCCCCAGGGAAGUGAAACAGGCUUGUGACUGACCAAGGCUCUGGCAGCGAGAUGUCACACAGUCCCUGCACUUAUCGGACAGGCAGGGGGCUCUCAAGGAAUGAUCCCGAGUGUACUAUGCUAAACCUUGUGCAAAGAAAACUAGGGUCUAGAUUACAACUCCCAAAAGGCAUAAAGUAGGGGCACACUGGUAGGGUCACAGUAAAAAUCCAGAGCUCUGAGGUGACUCUUGCUUAGUGGGAAGGCAAGAGGGAAAUCAAGGCAUGGUGCAGGCCACGGUGGUAAGCAGUGGUGAAACCCAGUAGGCCUGGCAGAGGAGGUGAUUGACCACUGUCACCCAGGCUCCAAGGCGAGGAGACGCCCUCACGGAGAGAGAGGCUGACCAGGUGCUGGAUGUGAGGCCCCACACAGGGAGCACCCUGGCUGGCCUGUGGGGGCCGAGGCAGGUGCAGGCCCCGUAGGUCUUUGUGCCUGUGUGUUGAUGUCACCCCUGUGGUCCUGCCUGGUGGCCCAUCUCCAGAGAGCAUGGGAAGUCACAGGUAAGGGAGCCUCCUUUUGGGGAUCCCCAGGGCUUGUGUUGGUUAGUGGCCCUUGGCUUGCUGAGGUGGCAGGCCAGCUAGCUUGCUGGGAAACUGCUCCCCUCUCUGCUAUCAUGGUGUGGACAUGGUGUUUCACUGCAUUUAGGCACUUAGAUGUGAGUGAGGUCUAUUUGAAAUGGAAUAGUAGCUUUUAGAGCUAGGUUUCUUUCUGUUGUAUGAAAAAGGUGCUGAGCCUAGGGAGUUGAGUGAAAGUGGCAGGAAUUCUAAGAAUAUUUAUGUCCUUGCAUUUCUGUUUAGGGAAGUGAUUCUGAAGUAAUUUUUUACUCAUGUAUGAAGGUGAUGAGUAAAGUCACAUUAAUCAUGUUGAGAUGAAGUGAUGAUGUAGUAGAAAUAAAGCCCCUACACCUUGGCCUGAUACAUAGGAGACACACCAUUGGCGCUCUUUGCACUCCUGUCCUGGUUUAUUACCUUAACUAACUUCAUGGUUCAGAGUGGUCCCAUCCACAUUUCAAGCAAAGUCUUUCUAAAACUGCAUAGAAACACUUGUCAGGAUAUCCCCAGAGGCUAGUGGAAAAAUUACUCUUUGUGAUCACCGUUUGUUUGCCAGUUGUUCUCUCUGUCCCACGUUCCUUUCCUAUUUCUGCAUUUCCUGUGAUUGUAGACUGAGAGGGGUAGUGGUGCGCAUCUCUGCUAGAUGAGCCUUAUGGGCUGUUCAGGGGCCGUGCUUCUGUGGUGAUGGCAGUGCUCUUACCUUAAACAUAGCUUGUCCUCUGAAGUAUUCACGCGGGGUUACUUAUCUUCAUGCAAUCAAAAUUGUAGAAAAACCAUUAGCUUUUUCUGUUCUCAGUUGUAUUUCAGAUCUAACCCGAUUUCUUAGGCACAUUAUAUGUUCCUUUUGAAUUGUAAGCAUAAAGCAACAGAUUACUUUUUAUGUUCACCUACAUCAUUAGCUAUAAAGAAUUAGAUCAAUGUGUAAGUUUUAUCGAAUUGUGGAGCAUACUAAUGUUCUAGCUUUGAAUAAUUCUGUGUGAUCGCUUAAGAAUCACCUACGUCUUAGCACACAGUUUACCAGCACCUACCGUCAUUUGCAGGAAUGUCUGCCAGUUCUAAUUUGAUUUUUUUUUCAGUUUGCUCACUUUCACCUAGGAACUGAUGUUUAAAUGUGUUUUAGACAUUUUCUGAUUAGAAAAUAUCGAGAUGAAACAUAGAACAUAGAAUCUCUUCAUGGUCACACGUUCUGUUCUCAUUAUUGUAAUGUGAGUAUUUGAGUUACAGGCACUUGAUUUUGUUUCAUUACUGGUGAAAUAUAGAGAUAUUCUUGGAGUUUGUGAGCCAGUCACACUGGACCAUUUUAUUUUAUGUUCUUUUAAGCAGUCUUUUGAAUGUGUUCAGCCAUGAAGUGAAAUACACACCCAUAGUAUCUGAAUCUCUACAUAUAUUUAUGAUGACAUUUUUUCAGAGGGACCCCAUGAUACAGCCAUACCAGUGAAACAAUGACUUAAAAAAUACCCUGCCAAAUAAGAUUAUGUAUAAUAAGUAAAUAAAACACAUGCAUUCUUCAUUAAAUGUGGAAACUGUAACACAGUUUGGAAAUGAUGUAUCUUCUGGGGUUAAUUAUUUCUCUGUGACAUAAAUAGUAUCUUUAAAAAACAUAACAGUAGAACUAGUUGACAGUCAAAAUUAAUAGUAGUUUCUAGCAGAUAGUUUAAAGAUAAUAAGUGUUAAACUAUGAGAAGUGUUUUAGGACGUUUUUAUUUUAAGAUAGUUUCAGAUUUACAGAAAAUUUGCAAAGACAGGGCAGGGUUUCCCAGUUUGCUCAGAUCGCUUCCCCUCUUACUACCAUUGUUACAGUUCGUUGUUACAGUUCCAGACAGUGAUGCUGCACUGUCACCAUCCGCCAUCCAUUCUUUCCCUCAGAUUUCCAUGGUUGGACCCUUUCUUGAAGAUCCAGUUCAGGACACCUCAGUACAUCCAGUGACCUCGUCUCCUUCGGACACUCUUUGUUGUUGGCGUUUCUGAGACAUUCUUUGUUUUGGAUGAUCUUCUCCAUUUUCAAGAUUCUUUGCCAUUAAUAUUGUAGAAUUUUUCCCCAGUCGCACUUAAAGUGACAUUUGUCUUGUGAUUACUUGGAGUUGUGUUUUAUGGGGAAGAAGGUCACAGAGGGCAAGUACAGUUCACAGUACCUCAUGUCAAGGGCAAGUGCUCUGAAGGAGACUUACAUUGCUGAUGUUGUCUCAAAUGGCAGGAUUUUUUUUCUUUCUUAAAGCUGAGUAACAUGCCACUGUGUG